UGAACAAGAUCUCGCGAUCGAUCACACCCCAGUUCAACUCUUGCAGUUUUGAUUAUUUUUUGUUCUCUGUGGGGCUUGUGUAAACGAGUCAGGAAAGGUCGACUUCUCCUUUUGAGCAGUCCUAAAAUAGACUAGGCAAUGGCUACCAGGCCGCUUCGCUUUGCAGAUCGCGUUGUCAUUGUGACUGGAGGUUCGAAGGGCAUUGGAGAAGGCGUAGUCAGAGUGUUCAUGCGCGAAGGAGGUAGAGUCGUGUUCACAGCAAGAGGAGCUGAAGCUGGUAACAAAUUGCAGGAUGAACUCAACACUACAUUCCCCCAGGGCAAGGCGCUGUUUGUGAAGUGUGACAUGACCAAUCAAGUGGAUGUCCAGGCAAUGGUGGAGAGGACGGUGGAGACGUUCGGCAGGCUGGAUUGCCUCAUCAACAAUGCUGGCUGGCACCCGCCUCCGACUAAGAUUGAUGACAUUAGCGUUGAGGAUUUCCGCAGCCUGUUGGACUUCAAUCUUGUCAGCUAUUUCUUCACAAUGAAAUUCGCCCUGCCGCACCUGCGCAAGGUCAAGGGCAGCAUCAUCAACAUGUCUAGCCUGACGGCCGUUAUUGGUCAGAGUGACGCCGUGUCCUACGUUGCCACUAAGGGUGCAAUCACGUCCAUGACCAAAGCCCUUGCCGUUGAGGAAGCAAGACAUGGAGUCCGUGUCAAUGUCGUGUCGCCAGGCAACAUCUGGACUCCUCUGUGGGACAGCUUUGCCUCGGCGGGAACUGAUGAGCAGCGCACGGCCAACAUCAAGGCUGGCGAAGAGGCGCAGUUGCUGGGCCGCAUGGGUUCGCUGGAGGAGAGCGGUGAGCUGUGCCUGUACCUGGCCGCCGAGGCCACGUUCACCACCGGCGUUGAUCACCUGCUGUCCGGCGGAGCGGAGCUCAACUACGGCAAGAAGACAAUGCUGCCAGCAGAGUGAUGCACACAUGCUGCUGCUGCUGCUGCCCGUCAAUUCGAAGGAGGAUUUGCUUUCGCAACGGAUUCGUUGUGCUGUGUUUUGGUGUCGUUGUUUGUUCACCUCUUGUUGUAAGUUAGUGAACUGACUUUUUAGUGUUUUGUUAUUGUUGCUGAUCGCGAGUGUUUUUCAAUUAGUUUUACCAAAUUUAAUGAUUAUUGCACGCUUUGAAAGACCCGCUAGUUGUGUAGUACUUGCCAGCCUAUUCUCGUUUCUCUCUCUCUGUCUCUCUCUCUCUCACUCUCUCUCUCUCUCUCUCUCUCUCUCUCUCUCUCUCUCUCUCUCUCUCUCUCUCUCUCUCUCUCUCUUCCUUCCUUUUUGUUUUGCGAUGGGAGUUUUGGACAUUUAGUAUUUUCGAAUAUUUGAAUCUGAAGCUCUGGCCUAUUUCAAUUUCCAGAUGUAUAUUCCGUUACCCCUGGUGACAAUGCAUUGCCAAAUAUGCUACCAUUAAAAUUAGUUUGGACAUUUUCGCUGUCAAAUUGAACCGGGUACCAGAUGGGUCCUGUUUUUGUAAUGUUUUUCUCUAAUUUAUUCCGAUAAAGUAUUUGGUUUUCCUUGCUCCAUGCUGCGGAAUUGCUUCCCUCUUUCACUCUGCACUAACCUCCCUGCUGUCUUUCCUCCUUGCCUCUGUUUUGAGGCCAUUGCCUUUACGCCAGCCUUCCGAUAUUUUGGUUUGUUUUGUAUUUUUUUGGCUUUUUGACUCCGUACCUACUCGUAGUCCAGUUUUCUAGGAUAUGCUCUGGUUUGAAUUUCUUACAAAAGCUUACCUUUUUGGAUUCGUCGUAGCUCAAAGUUUCAAGAUAUUACAAUCACCAGAACACAGACUACUUACCUGUUGUAUAAUAGCUUAGAGUGUAUGUUAUUUCUCCCAGCCUUCACUCUCUUCUAAUUAUUAUUUAUUGGAAUUAAUUUUUUCUUUUUUUUUAAUGUGAAUCGAAGUGUCCAAAUUAAUUAACUACCGGUAUGAUGCCGGCAUGGUC